AUGUCUUCUCCUGGCAACAAAGACAAAGCAACCAACCAAGAUGGCGGUGAUGUGAUACGAACCCAAACCGAUUACGAAGAUGGCAACAUUGAGAAGCUCAAACACGCCCACGGAGAGGUCGACCCUGCCCUCGCUUUCGUCAACGGGGAGCAGGUUGAGUUUACCCCUGAGGAAGAGGCUAGCGUUCUGAGAAAGAUCGACUGGGCUUUGAUGCCUUUGCUCUGUUGGAUCUAUGCUCUGCAAUUCGCCGACAAGACCUCCCUCAACUAUGCUUCUCUCAUGGGUAUCCGCGAGGAUACCAACCUGGAUCCUCAGAGUCAGGAGUACAGCUGGACAUCAAGCAUCUUCUACGCCGGUUACAUUCUAUGGGAAUUUCCGACAACUUACCUUCUCCGACGCCUGCCCCUUGGCAAAUACACCUCCGCCAAUAUCACUCUCUGGGGAGCUGUUCUUGUGUGCCACAUCUUCGCUUUCAACUAUGCCGGUCUUCUUUCAGUCCGCUUCUUCCUGGGUGCCUUGGAAGCUACUGUGACGCCUUCAUUCGUGAUCCUCACCUCGGCUUGGUACAGGCAGAACGAGCAGGCCAAGCGCAUGGGCUUCUGGCUCAGCUGUAACGGCGUUGCCCUGCUGACUCUCGGCCCCAUCGCAUAUGGUCUCUCCGGCGCCAAAGGCACAGCCUUGGAGACGUGGAAGAUCUUGUACCUUGUCCUCGGCCUACCGACGAUUAUUACCGGCGUCUACUGCUGGUGGUUCAUGCCAGACAACCAGACCAACGCCCGUUUCCUCAAUCACAGAGAAAAAGCCAUAGCCAUUGAACGCAUCCGUGGCAACUUCCAGGGUAUCGGUAGUCGCAAGUGGAAGUGGGACCAGUUCUUUGAGGCGUUCCGCGACCCCCGAACGUACCUCUACGUUCUCUUCUCGUUGCUGAUGAACAUCCCUAACGGCGGCAUCACGGCUUUUGGAUCCAUCAUCAUCAACUCUUUCGGCUUCAACUCCCGGCUCUCGCUGCUGCUCAACAUGCCGACGGGUGCUGUCGACAUUACUUGCAAGUUGCUCUUUACAUACUUGUCUGACAAGUUCCUCGACCGAUCCAUCUUCGCCUUUAUCGCCAUCCUCAUCCCGAUGAUCGGUGGCAUCAUGAUGAUUGUGAUCCCGUUGUCGGCCAAAGCUGGUUUGUUGGUUGGGUAUUAUCUCAUCGGCGCAGCAGGAGCCAGCUGGUGUUUGGUCAUGGUCAUGAUCUCCAACAACACACUGGGCUACACCAAAAAGGCAACCGUCAACGGUCUCCAGAUCCUGGCCUACGGCGCGGGCAACUGGAUCGGCCCGCAAACCUUCCGCUCCAACGAGGCGCCCAACUACAAGAACGGAAAGCUUAUGGUCGCCAUCAUGUACGGCCUCGCUGCCUGCACCAUCGCCGCUAUCCGGUUUGUCAACGUUUGGGAGAACAAGCGCCGCGACAAGAAGGCGGCGGAGCAGCCAGAGACUGUUGCUGCAGGGACCGAGUUCCUGGACUUGACGGACUUCGAGCAGCCUACCUUCAGAUACGUGCUUUGA